CUUUCCCGCCAGGCCCGGCCGGGCCGCGGCCGCUGCUGCUCUCAGCGGAAUUUAAUUCCCCCUCGUUUGUCUGGGGCGGUUUUACCCCUUUCUUCCCGUGGCUCGGGGAGCUCCCUGCGGUCGGGCCGGGAGGAGGAGCCGGGGCGGGGCGGGGCCCGCCUUGGGGCGGUGCCGUUGAGGCGCCGGUUGGGCGGUGCCCGCUGAGGGACGCGGCCGGUGUGGGAUGGAAACCCUCGGUGAGGGCAGAGCGGGGCGAUGCCGCCUCCUGAGGUUUAGCUCUGCACGGGGAAAGGCUCCGGGGUUGGAGCUGAUUCCUGAUUCCCUCUCGGGAAGGGCUGACCAAGGGCCGGCAGAGCAGCAGCAGAGCCCGUGGAGCUGGAAGCAGAGCUGCAGGAAGGCAUGGCAGAGGGCUGCCCUCCGUGGCCCGGGCUGUGCCAGGGCCCCAGGCAGGAGCCAGCCCCCAGGGCCAAGAGGCUCUCGGACUCCGCGGCGCAGCCGCAGGCCCUGCAGUCAGCCAAGAAGGCCUGCGUGCUCAGCCCUGAGUGCAGCACCCCCAGCCCAGCAGGGAACCCUCUGCUGCCUUCCCCAGGCUCUGGCUGCUCCCUUCUCCUGGACGAGAGCGGGCAGGAGGAGCUGGGGGCAGGUUUUGCUGUGUCCAGGUACGACGACGUGGCCAUUUCCCUGGACAUCAGCCGCUGCUUCGACGACAGCGAGCUGGAUGAUUCCCUGCUGGAGCUGUCAGGCAGCGAGAAAGGGAAUUCUCCCUUUGACUACACCGAGGAGGAGAUCCAGGAAAUCCUGGCGGAUGAUUCCGUGGAGGCUGAGCAGCAGCAGCUGGCUGCUGAAAGCCACCUGAGCCAAAGUGAGAGUGGGAAGAGCGAGCAGGCGCAGAGCGGCGGCUGUGAGGCCUCGGAGCUCACACAGGAAGCAAAGGAGCCCCAGGAGCAUCCCUCAGGCAGCUCGGGGUGUGAUCCUGGAUUUUUGGGUGGCGCUGCUGCUCUGGAUGGGGCUCAGAGGCUGCAGCAGGAGCUGGACCUUGACCUGCAGGAGCUGCUGAGCCUGAGCCCGUUCGCCGGCGCCGAUGAGGCUCUGGAGGAACACAGCCUGGAAAGAGAAACUUUGGAUGCCAUGAUAGAUGAUUGCUUGGGAUAUUCCACAGCUGCUGGGAGCUGCCUUCCUGAAAUAUCCUCAGAAAGGGUGAUGCCUAAAGGCCAGGAAGGCCUGGCUCAGGGUUGCCUGGGAAAAUCCCUGCUCUCAUCCGGCCUUCCCUGUGGCCAGAGCAGAGGGAAUGAGAGUCCAGCAUUUGUGCUGCCACGCAAAAAAGAACUUCCCAAAGCAACAAUGAGCUGUUUGUCACGGAAAUCAGGCUCUCCAGAGGAUGCUGAAGGGGAAUUCAGAGGAGCUGAGCAGCCUCCAGGCAGCACUAAAUUAAGGGACACAGCUGUAGGCCAGAGUGGGCAGGAAGAGCCACCCACUUGGAAGAAAAGUGGCAAAGUAAUUCCUGUCCCACAGGAGGAGGAAGAAAGGCCAAAACAACGGACCUGCAUUUCAGAAGCACAGCCUGAGCAAAAGAGACGUUUCUCUCCAGGCUGUGCCAAUCCAAGUGAGGAAAGGUGUGGCUAUUACCUCAGAGCCCGACAUCUCCCACCCCCCAGGCCCAUGUGUCCCAGCCCUCCCCGGUUCCGCCGCACCUGGGGCCCUUUUGGCAGGAGCAGGUCGGAGCCUCCGCUGUGCACCAAGAAAUCCUGAGCCCUGGAGAUGAUCCUUCAUCCCCUCCCCGUGCUGAGAACCCCUCCCAGCCUUCCAUUAAAUGUUUUUCCUCGUUAUUGUUGGACUUUAAUUGGACAGAGAGGAGCCCCAUGUACUUUUUAGAGCAAGUGGCACGAGGAAGAGGAGCCCCCCCUGCUUCCCUGUGAGGUGGAUUCCCUGUGGGAGCUGUGGCGUGGAUGGGAGGAGUGGGAAAAACAGCAGGGAAAAAGUUUGGUCCAUCCCAGUGCUGCUGUCAGCUGGGAAUGAGGAGGAUGAAUAUUGGGGUGUCCAAGCCUUGGGGUGUCUGAUGGGAUCAGGGAGGUACCCAGGCCACAAAGGCAUCACUGAAGGAAAGGAGGAACCUGUGGGAAUGUCACACCCUUGGGGUCACCUCAGGCCAGCCAAGCCCAGGCCACGGGUCUGGAAUUAAAAUGCAUUUCUGGAUUUAUCUCUCCAGCCAAGGGAUCCCCAAAACCCCCUGAAUUCACCUCUCCCGUGGAAGUGCUUGGAGCUGCAUCCUUCCUGAGGCUGUGCUGCAUUCCCAGCAGUUCCCAGUUCACUCAGCUCCUCUCCCAGGCAGCUCCUUCCCUGCUGGGGAGGGCUGGAGCUGCCUCAGAGCCCCAGGGGCAUGGUCUGGUGAGCUGAGCUCUGAAGCAGCUCAUUCCCUGCUGCCCAGCUGCCCCUUCCUGCAGGAAGCAGUGAAUCCCAGCCUCAGUUCCCAGCAUCUCUUGAUUUCUGCACCACAACCUUCCCUGGAGAUGCAGGAGAUGAAAGGACACGACCUGAAAGGAGCAUCCCUGAAAUCCAUGUGAUGUUUUCUGUCCUUUCCCUGAGUGUGGAUUCACACUGAGCUGCUUUUGCUGCUUCUCUGUGCUCUCCCAGCACGGAUCCCACCCGUGGCUGUAAUUGCUUGUGGGUUUUAUGGGGUGUGUAGGAAGGGCUGGCACAUUGCUCAGCAUUCCCGAGGGUUUUAAUGAAGAGAGCCCCAGGGGAAUGUGUGGGAUCAUUCCUGCCCCCAGCCCCACGGGAAGCAGAGCUGUUUGCUAAAAUCCAGAGAUUUCAAAGAGCUGAGAGGCCAACUGGUGGUUCUUCAGCUGGGAAAGAGGCAAUUAUUCCCUGCUGACCCUCAGUUCCCCAUAAAAAUGGGAUAUGAAUAGGCCACCAGCCCCCUCCUGCCCACCCCUUGGCUCUGUGGCUCAUUCCCCAGGGAGCAGCUGGAAAUGCUGCCAGGAGCGUGGAGCCUUUGCACGGAGCACAGAGCUGUGGCCAGCCAGCCACUGGGAGUUCCUUGGGGCUGAAGGAAGGAAUAUUUCUACCCUGGAGGGUCCCAAAGACAGGCAGGGUUCUCUCAGGUCUCCCCAGUGCCACAGUUUGGGUUUAAAUGCUGCCAGCUCAGAGCAGAGUCGUUCCCAUCAUGGCAUGUUUUAUCCAGGAUCUAAAUAACCACAGAGAACUGGGUACCACCGGCUUUUCUAGCUCCUCUUACCCCACACCUCUGUAGUACCAGAGGGGUGAGGAAGCCUGGGAGUUUCCUGGGCAGUGCUGGCUGCUGACAGCAGAGCUCUCCCAGGAUUCUGCUGCCUGCUCCCGGCCCAGCUCUGCUCCUGUAUCCCGCUUUUUACUGCACACAUCAAGGUUUGCAGCUUCACUGCUCAAUACAUCCCUGCCUUUAACUGAAUUGUACUCGAUCCAGGCCCUAAUUCAGCCUCUGAGCACUUCAUAAACCAGCAAGAGUUUGUCUAGCAAUGAACACCCAAAGGUGAGGAUGGAUCCAGGACCAGCACGUGGAUGGCACUGCCACGGAGUGCGUGGCUAAUAACUGCAAGCACAUCCCUCUGGGAGGAAUCUCCCUUUCCCACCAGCAGAUUCCCAGCAGGAGACAGCAUUUGGAAGGGGAUGGCUCAACCUUGGCUGCCUCUCACAGCACCGUCCCUGCUGAGAGCCUGACACCGGGGUGAGAAACCUCCACAUCCCAAUUAAAUCCCUCCCACGCCGAGCGCGGCAAUCAAUAAAGCGCCUACGCCGCCCUCCAGCCAGGCAGGGAUCUCCCGGCCUCUGGGAUGGAGGGAGAGGGCUGCAACGGGCUGCUUUGUUGUUUCCAGAUUGCUGAGACACCUUUUGAGCCUGCUGAGCUCGUUGCUCACCCUGAUCCACGGGUGAUCCAGCUCCCCGGGCUCGGGGGAGCACAUCCAGCUCGGACAAGCUGGGAUCAGCGCCUGGGGUCAGAUUGGUGCCUCUGCUUUGCUCUCCUUCCCCCCACGAGGCUGGGGGCUCUCCGGGGAGGGGGUGAGGCUGGUUUGGAGUGGCUCAGGGGGUGAGGACACGUUUCAGAAUGCAGCCAGAGGGGUUUGGCACCUUUUUGGGCAGCUGAGGUGGGGGAGCUCCUCGAACUGGAGCUUGUCCUGGUCCCGAGGGCUAGCCCAGAGCUGUGCUGGCAGGGGAGGUUUUACCUGAGCUGUGUCACCUCUGCUCUCCAUCUCACAAAAAUAAACCUGCCCUGAGCUGCUCGACAGCUGGCACCUCGCAGUGAGGCUGUUUGCAGGUCACAGGGGGUGUGGGCUCUUUUGGGGUCUUCCAUCAUCACCCCCUGCUCUUUGGGCCUCAGCAGUGCCCCAGGCCCAGCCCAGCUCCCCUCUCUUCAUUAGCUCAGCCUAAUGAGGAGGGAAAUUAAAUGCUAUUCCUGACUUGCCAGCCAUCCUGAGUGUUUCCUCAGGGACCCUGUGGAGCAGUGGGAGUGGUGGGAGGGCAUCACCCACCCAGCUGGGAUUUGGGGUUGCCAAAGAGCAUUGGUGUGAAGAUUAUUUCUCAGCCACCUCAUCCUCCUGCUCCUCCUUCCCCUCCUCACUCACCUUGGCAUCACCUUGGCAAAAAAUGGUCCUGCCUGGCCAAAAUCCCUGAAUUCAGAGCAGGGCCUGUACUCGCUGCCACUCACCAGCCCUCGCCCUGGCAUUGCCAGGGGGGAGUUUGCACCAGUCAGCUUUAAUCUCUCAUGACAGGAAUUAUUUUAAACCCACUCACACAAGCCCUGGGUCCAAAGAGGACAGACCCUGGAGCCUCCAUGCCUGCCUGGGAAUGGUUUCCACCCCAUGGGCUUUUCCCAUGACUCUGGGCCUGUGUGCCUUGGUGGCCUUGUGGCCACAUCAUCAGCAGGGCUGGUGACACGGAGCUGGUGGCAACACUGCCACUACCUCUGUGUGACCUUGGGAAAAUCACUCUGUGCCCUCGUCCCUCUGCUCCUGCUCUGGAAAACAGGGCCAGCACAAACCCUGUGCCUCACCUGGGUGCAGGAGAGCUCGUCAGGACCCUUGGCACAGGAGGGGGAGGCAGUGGGGCGUGCAUGGCACCACCCCAAAUCACACAGCUCCCAGAACGUGGCACGGCCACCUCCCGGGCCAGGCAGGAGCAGGAGGUGGCCUUGGGCAGGGACACAGCUCCCUGUUUACUCUGGGAUGCCAGGCGAGGUGAUCCAAGGAUAAGGAAGAGCAGGGAAGUGGCCUAGUUUGCAGAAACCCCGAGUGCUGUCACAACUGCAGCCGCCUCCAUUGUGCCGUGGUGUUCUCCUCCCUCCCUUUGGGGAUGUUUCAUUAAUCUCCCCGGGGCUGGCAGUUGUGAAACAGCAACUUCAGAAUGCGAUCCUGGCCAAGGAUGGGUGGCAGAGCCGAAGGCAUCCGGGGCUUGCUGCAGCCCAAAUGUAACUCCAGCAACUUCCAGGGAUGGCUGGAGAGAAGGAAUUUCCACUCCCCGGAGCUCUGCAUCCCUAAUAAUCACCCCCAGCCUCCUGGAAUGCAAGAUAUCCUGGCAAUCAGCGGGCUGCAAAUCAAAGCAGCUGCUCCACCAACAUCCUGCAGCCAGGGAAGGAGGCAGCCCUCCCCUGGGCUGGGGAGCUCCAGCAGCACUGCCCCUUCACCCCCACACCGGGGGUGCUGGGCCCAGUGAAGGCAGGAGCGGACUCGGCUCCAAAAUUAGAUCCAGCUCAAGGGAGCACUGCCUUCAGCAGAGAUCCCCGCUCCAGGUGAGCUGCUCAGCUCGGGGGCCUGGCUUUUGUGGCCAGGAUGUGCAGUGCCCCUGGAGAGGUGGUUCCUCUGGGGACACCGGGGUUCCUCGGGGACCACCGGGGUUCUUCUGGGACCACCGUGCUUCCCCAGGGCUCCCAGCAGAGCCCGGCCGGGCCCUGGGCAGCCGGGAAGGGGCACAGGCAGAGCAGACCCGGCUUUGCCCCUGCACUCCGCCUCAGCCCCGUGACACGGAGCGGGGCCGCCGCUCAGGUGCCCGAAUCCUGCCCCUGCCCCUGCCCAGCGCCGGGCUCGGGGCUCCGCUCCCUCUCCCGGUUCCCCCGGCGCUGCCCGAGCCCGGUCCCGGGGGCUGCGUGUCCCAAAUCCUCUUCCUCACCCAAUUCCCGGCAAAGUCCCGGCGCCCCCAAACUCCGUCCUCGGCGCAGCCCUGCCCGCUCACGCCGCUCCCCCCGGGGUCUCUCCCGGCACCGACCCCCUCCCCACAGCCCCGGCAGCGCUCCCGGGGCCCGGCCG